CGGGCAUUCUGGGAAUUGUAGUCUCCUUAGGAAAUAAGCUGCUUGAUCAGUGUGGCGUGGGUCUCGUAGCUUGCGAGAUGAAUGGGAAGCGGCCUGCUGAGCCCGGCCCCGGCCGGCCGGGGAAAAAAGGAAAGAAGGAGGUAAUGGCGAAGUUUUCGGAUGCUGUCACGGAGGAAAUCUUGAAAAAGCAGGUGGCUGAGGCCUGGAGCCGCAGGACGCCGUUCCACCACGAAGCCAUUGCCAUGGACAUGGACCCCUUUCUUCACUGCGUGAUCCCAAACUUCAUCCAAAGCCAAAACUUCUUAGAAGGACUUCAGAAGGAACUUUUGAACUUGGACUUCCAUGAAAAGUAUAACGAUUUAUAUAAGUUCCAGCAGUCUGAUGAUUUGAAGAAGAGAAGAGAGCCUCACAUCUGUGCUUUAAGGAAAAUUCUGUUUGAACAUUUCCGGGCUUGGCUUUCUGACAUUUCCAAGAUUGACCUGGAAUCAACCAUUGACAUGUCCUGUGCUAAAUAUGAAUUCUCAGAUGCCCUGCUCUGCCAUGACGACGAGCUGGAAGGGCGCCGGAUAGCCUUCAUUCUCUACCUGGUUCCUCCCUGGGACAGGAGCUUGGGGGGCACCCUGGACCUGUACAGUGUCGAUGAACACUUCCAGCCGAAGCAGAUUGUCAAGUCUCUUAUCCCUUUGUGGAACACACUGGUUUUCUUUGAAGUGUCUCCAGUAUCCUUUCACCAGGUAUCUGAAGUCCUGUCUGAAGAAAAGUCACGUUUGUCUAUCAGCGGCUGGUUUCAUGGUCCUUCAGUGUCCAGGCCUCCCAACUACUUUGAACCCCCCAUACCUCGGAGCCCUCACAUCCCGCAAGAUCAUGAAAUUUUGUAUGAUUGGAUCAACCCUACUUAUCUCAAUAUGGAGUACCAAGGACAAAUUCAGGAAGAAUUCGAAGAAACCUCUGAAAUUCUCCUAAAAGAGUUCCUUAAGCCUGAGAAAUUUGCAGAGGUGUGUGAGGCUUUGGAGAAAGGAGAUGUGGAAUGGAGCAGCCGAGGUCCUCCUAACAAAAGGUUUUACGAGAAAGCUGAGGAGAACGGGCUUCCUGACGUCCUGAAGGACUGCAUGGCUUUAUUUCGCUCCGAGGCAAUGUUCUUGCUGCUCUCCAACUUCACAGGCCUGAGACUUCACUUCUUGGCCCCCUCAGAAGAAGAUGAGGUUGAGGACAAAAAUGAGGGAGAAGCAGCCUCUGCUGCCGAUAACACUGAAGAAGGGACUAGCCACAGCUCCUCUGAGCCAGAGAAGUGUCAGGCAGCCGUCAGCAACAAGAGCCAACCGAGCAGUGAGCAGACAGACCCAGAGCCAGAGGAAGAUGAAGCAAAGAAAGAAUCAAGUAUUCCCACAUGCCAGGGGGAACUGAGACAUUGGAAGACUGGUCACUACACUUUAAUCCAUGACAACAGCAAGACUGAAUUUGCCCUGGACUUACUUUUCUACUGUGGCUGUGAAGGCUGGGAGCCAGAAUAUGGUGGCUUUACCUCCUACAUUGCCAAAGGUGAAGAUGAAGAGCUGCUAACAGUGAAUCCAGAAAACAAUUCUUUGGCAUUGGUCUACAGAGAUAGAGAGACUCUGAAAUUUGUCAAACAUAUUAACCACCGAAGCCUAGAACAAAAAAAAACCUUCCCACACAGAACAGGUUUCUGGGACUUUUCAUUUGUCUAUUACGAAUGACAAGGCUGGGCAAAGCUGCAAAAGAAGAGCCUUCCACAGUGCUGGGACAUCUGGAAGAGGCAGGCAUCGAGUGAAGGAGAGCCACGAGGUGACCUGGGAGGCAGCGUUCUUAGAACUGUGUGGUUGUCCUUUAGUAGGGCUCAAGAUGACUGUCCUCAGUGUAGACCUUGAGCUGGGAGCUAGGUACUUAUAGCUUGAUUUAAAAAACAAAAAGUGUUUGGCUUUUUCUUUUACAUUCAGUUCUGUUUUCCAUAUUAGCUUCUUCAGUGAUUAAAAAAAAUUCUGUGUGUGUGGUAAAAUAUAUGUGCCAUAAAAUGUACCGCUUUCACCAUUUUUAAGGGUACAGUACAGUGACAUUAAGUACAGUCACAUUGUUGUGCAGCCACCAUCCAUCUCCAGAACUUUUCCAUCUUCCCAAACUGAAACCCUGUCCCCAUUAAAUAGUAACUCCCUACUUUCCCUCCUCAAGCCUCUCACAAACACCAUUCUACUUUCUAUGAAUCUGACAACUCAUAUUCCUCAUCAGACAAAUAGCAGAAUAUUUGUCCUUUUGUGACUGGCUUAUUAUUUCAGCAUAAAAUCUUCGAGGUUCAUCCAUGUUCCUAGUGAUCUUCUUUAAAUAUAUACUCAUAAAUUUAUGAUUGUGGAUUCUUCCCUUCCUAAUCACACUGAUUUAGAAGAUUACAGAACUUCACAUCUUGUUCAUUCUGGGCCCAUUACACUUCCUCCCACUGCCUAUGGCUUUGUCCCACGGUGACGCUCCCUGGACUGAACAGACCUAGACAAUGUGUAGUAUAUUCCCUUGGAAAAGGCCUGGCCUAAAACCCUGUGGCCCCAGGAGACUUUGGGUCAGUAAGGAAGAUGGCUACUUGUGCUGGGGGUAGCCAUUUCCAGGUGGCCAGGGCUCCUUCAUCCUGGAGUUAUGGCUUCAGUACAACUAAAUGAUGCUUAUCUCAUACAUGGCUUUCAUUUCCUAAGUACAAUAAAGUCACUGUAACACUA